AUGGCCAAGUACCUUAAUGAUUUUCAGUUCGGGGUUGGUGUAUCUGGCGGUGUUGAGGCUGUGUUACACAGUGCCAAUAGGGUGUUGAGUGAACACCAUGCUGAUGGGUCUCUUGUAAUGCUGACUGUGGAUUUUUCGAAUGCCUUUAACCUGGUGGAUCGUUCAGCAUUGCUCCACGAGGUUAAGAAGAUGUGCUCUUCCAUUUCUUUGUGGGUGAAUUUCUUGUACGGGCAAGCAGCGAGACUUUAUAUCGGAGACCAACAUAUAUGGUCUGCCACUGGGGUGCAACAAGGUGACCCCUUGGGCCCUCUUCUUUUUGUCCUCGUUUUGCACCCGCUUGUGCACAAGAUUAGAGACAAUUGUAAGCUCCUUCUCCAUGCUUGGUACCUAGAUGAUGAGACUGUCAUUGGGGAUUCAGAGGAGGUGACUAGAGUGUUGAACAUAAUUCGGUUGCGUGGUCCAGGUUUGGGUCUUGAGUUGAACAUCAAGAAAACGGAGAUUUUUUGGCCCUCAUGUGAUGGUAGGAAACUUCGUGCCGAUUUAUUCCCUACGGAGAUAGGGAGACCUUCUUUGGGGGUGAAGCUCCUUGGGGGGGCUGUUAGCAGAGACGCGAGGUUUAUUAGCGGGCUGGCCAUGAAGAGAACGGUCAAUGUUGUUGAUUUGAUGGGCCUUCUUCCACAACUAUGUGACCCGCAGAGUGAGCUCCUUUUACUUCGAUCAUGUAUGGGCAUUGCAAAACUUUUCUUUGGUUUAAGGACAUGCCAGUCGGUACACAUAGAAGAAGCAACGUUAUUCUUUGACAAAGGAUUGCGCAGGUCUAUCGAGGAUAUGGUGGUAUGUGGAGGCCCCUUAUUUGGAGACAUUCAGUGGCGCUUGGCUUCCUUACCUAUUCGUUUCGGUGGUUUGGGUUUGUACUCAGCCUACGAGAGAAUUGGUUUUGCCAUUCAGAAAGGGCUGGCGGCGCAGCUUGUUGCCUAUUUGUCUUCAAUCGAUAUGUAUUGA